GUUGCGAAGAUGAACGUUGGCUGCGUCAUCCUGGCUUGCACCUUACUUGCGGGCUCAUCCUCGGGGAGUAAGGCAGGCCAGCCCCUCAAAGCACCAUGUCGACCAGGAUUCUCCCAGAACUUCUACACCGUCAUCGUCCCUCGAGACGUGCUGCAUGGACAGCGCAUUCUCAAAGAUACGGCCCUGUCCAGCCAGCAGGUGAGGUUCGACGAUUGUCAGCGCAGUCGAGAGGUGGGCUUUGUCAGCAGUGACCCCAGCUUCAGCGUGCGCUCAGACGGGAGUGUGUACACCGAGCAGGAGGUGGCCAACCUGUCCGAACCCGUCCAGUUUAUGGUGACUGCAAGAGGAAUGCACGAUCCACACAUCUGGGAGGCAACAGUCAAGCUGGCACUGGCCGGACACCCACACACUCUGCCCCUGAGCAAGGUAAAGCGAGGUAGCGGGCAACAUCAACACAUGCAUGUGCUAACACCCAGAGUGAUCCGGUUCCCACGGAAACAUCAGAGGAGCUUGGUGGCCAAUGGGCUACGGCGACAGAAGAGAGACUGGGUCAUCCCACCAAUCAAUGUGCCUGAAAACUCCCGUGGACCCUUCCCUCACAUGCUCGUCAGGAUUCGAUCCGACCAGGACAAAGACGUGGGGAUCCGCUACAGCAUCACAGGAGCAGGCGCUGACCAGCCUCCAAGUGGAAUCUACAACAUUGAUCCUAUUAGCGGGAACAUGUUUGUCACACAGCCCUUAGACCGAGAAGAAAGAGCAUCCUUCCAUCUGCGAGCCCAUGCAGUGGACAUGAAUGGAAACCAGGUGGAAAACCCCAUAGACCUGUACAUCUAUGUCAUUGACAUGAACGACAACCGGCCUGAGUUUCAGAACCAGGUCUACAACGGAUCUGUGGCCGAGGUCUCCAAACCAGGCUCCUCUGUGAUGCAGGUCACAGCCACUGAUGCUGACGACUCCACCACAGCCAACGGCAUGGUCCGCUACCGCAUCCUGUCCCAGAGCCCCCACAGCCCCAUCCCAAACAUGUUCACCAUCAACAGUGAGACGGGAGACAUUGUCACAGUCGCAGCCGGCCUGGACAGAGAGAAAGUUUCCCAGUACACCAUCAUCGUCCAGGCCACAGACAUGGAGGGGAACUUGAACUUUGGUUUGUCAAACACAGCGACAGCUCUCAUCUCUAUCACAGACAUCAAUGAUAACCCCCCAGAGCUAACCGCCAGAACUUUUUCAGGGGAAGUGCCGGAGAACAGGGUGAAUGUGGUAGUGACAAACCUGACUGUGCUGGAUCGGGAUCAGCCCCACAGCCCAAACUGGAACGCUGUUUAUCGCAUCGUCAGUGGAGACCCAACCGGGCACUUCACCAUCCGCACCAACCCUGUCACCAACGAGGGCAUGCUCACUGUGGUAAAACCAGUGGACUUUGAGCUGAACCGUAACUUCGUGCUGACAGUGGUAGUGUCCAACCAGGCCCAUCUGGCCACUGGUAUCCAGUCUUCACUGCAAUCCACUGCAGGAGUGACCAUCUCAGUGCAGGACGUGAAUGAGCCUCCUGUGUUCCCCGUCAACCCCAAGAUGAUUCGCUUUGAGGAGGGCGUACCAGCUGGGACCACCCUCACCGUGUUCUCUGCACAGGACCCAGACCACUUUGUCCACCAGGUUGUCAGGUACUCCAAACUGUCCGAUCCUGCUAACUGGCUAAGAAUCAAUCGCACCAAUGGUCAGAUCACCACUAUGGCCAUGCUGGACCGCGAGUCUGUGCAUGUGAAGAACAACGUGUACGAAGCUACAUUUUUGGCGUUCGACAAUGGUUCUCCUCAGGCCAGUGGCACAGGAACCCUUCAGAUCUACCUGAUAGAUGUUAAUGACAACCCUCCCGUGCUGCUCCCACCAGAGGCACAGAUCUGUGAGCACGGCCGGCCUAACUCCAGGAUCAACAUUACGGCCUCGGAUGCAGACGCAGACCCCAAUGUGGGACCUUUUGUGUUCGAACUGCCCACUUUCCCCGCCAUUGUGCGCCGCAACUGGACCAUCUCCAGACUCAGUGGGGACUAUGCUCAGUUGAAGCUGAAGAUCCCAUACCUGGAGGCUGGUGUCUAUGAGAUUCCUGUAAUCGUGUCGGACUCGGGGAACCCUCCUCUGUCCAACCGCUCCAUGCUCCGGAUCAAAGUGUGUCCAUGUGACGACAGUGGUGACUGCAGUGCCACUGGAGCUGUGGCAGCAGCAGGGCUCGGUACAGGAGCCAUCAUCGCCAUCCUCAUCUGCAUCAUCAUCCUGCUCAGCAUGGUGCUGCUGUUUGUGGUCUGGAUGAAGCGCAGGGAGAAGGAGCGACAGGCCAAGCCUCUGCUCAUUGAUCCUGAGGAUGACGUUCGAGACAACAUCCUGAAAUAUGAUGAAGAGGGGGGAGGGGAGGAAGACCAGGACUAUGACCUGAGCCAGCUGCAGCAGCCUGAGUCACUGGAGCACAUCAUGAAUAAACGCGGGGUGCGGCGCGUGGACGAGAGGCCGGUGAUCACAGCCGAGUCCCAGUACCCUGUGCGCCCCAGCCUGCCCCACCCUGGAGACAUUGGGGACUUUAUUAACGAUGGUUUGCGGGCGGCGGACAAUGACCCCACGGCUCCGCCCUACGACUCUCUGCUUGUGUUCGACUACGAGGGCAGCGGCUCUACGGCAGGCUCGGUCAGCUCUCUCAACUCCAGCAGCUCAGGUGACCAGGACUACGACUACCUCAAUGACUGGGGCCCCCGCUUCAAGAAGCUGGCAGAUCUGUACGGAGGAGGGCAGGAGGACUGAGAGCAGUGCUGGGACAGGCUGAGGAGGGGCAGCCAAGGACUACACUUCACUU